CACCUCAGACCGCCUUUGUCUCCCCAGUGCUGAUGUUUUUCACAAUGCAUCAGGUACUCAAUCAAGGCUGAGUCGACCUCGUGCAGGCCCAGGAUCGGUUCGUCACUGUUAUUUGGGCGUGAGUGGGAAUAAAACUUGGGUCGCCGGGUUCGUGGCCCAGUGCGCUAACUACUGCACCGCCGUUCUUCUCUUUCUCUCUCACUCACCUAGCACUCGACUCCCACGGCGGUGAGGUUUAGCCGGGGUGGCUAUCCUGCGCUUGGGGGAACAAGGGUUUGUGGAUCACCGACUGAGCUGCGCGGUGACCAGGGGGUGGCAGUAUAACAAGUGUGUUUGUAAAACCCAUCUGGACGGAUCCUUGAGUGUUAGUUCCUUGUAUGAAUGAGGUUUUCUCUGGUCGAUAGUUUUUUUCUUCCCAUGUGCAAACACACACCUUAAGAUAGAAUCGGAAAACAUCCAAAAGCAGGGACCCUUUGAAAUAUCGGCUUCCCUGGGUAAAUAAAUGAGAUUAUUAAUGUACUGUUGAUGUCCAUCCAUUGUGUAUGAUAGUUUCCACACAAUUUAAAUAUGAAUGCAUCUGGGUUAUGCGUAAUACCUCCAUAAUGCCACACUGUCAUUACAAUGCAUAAUUUUAAAUUGUGUAUGGAAACACAAUACAUACUGUAUUUAUGAAAGUUAACUCAUGUUCUCACUUUAACCAUUAGCACUCCUAAAACACACUCACGCGUAAGCUUAAUGAUUGAAAAAGAAAUCGCACGCACGCACGCAGACCUCAGUUUCCUAGUUUUGGUGGCUCGCCAUGGCAAGGUGCCUUCCGUCGUGUCGUGCCGCUGCCGCCGCUGCCGCUGCCGCUUUGUGCCAAAAAAGGGGCCUUUGAAAACGGCCAAUUGGUGUUGGAAAUUCCACAAAACACAACGGAGACAUCGGUUGCACGUCUAUGUUGUCGUAUGCACGCCCCUCAACGCCCACACUCGCAUGUGUGCCGUGUCUCUGGGACGAGGGCGUCUCGUCGCACACCGCCGCAUUGCUUCACAGAUAUAGACGGAUUUGGGACGUGCUGUGAUACUUGAAAUUGGGCGUUUAAUGUGAUGAUUUUUUAUGCUUUUUUUUCUGUGACCGGCAAACGCGCGUGGGCGUUUGACCGACAGCAAAGCCACAAACGUGUUGAGGAACUAGCGAGUUAAGGACAGAAAAAGAGUCGAAUUCCAAAAAACGACCUGCGCUGACUGACCUUCACCCACUCGAAUCGCCACUGCCGUGACAUCAGCUGCACGGGCGUGCUCUGCCUUGAGCCCUAGGCGGCUGCUGCUCCUGCUGCUGUGCAUGCACUCAAGUUUUUUUUGAAGACGAUGGGGUUCUGCAUCUUGUGCAAAGUCAUUUUGUCGGCUCUCCUGUGCCUCUGCUUUUGCCCUGGAGGAACUCAGUCGGCACUGAGGGUCAUCGUCCCCUCUCCGGUGACGGUGGAGUUGGGGAGCGAUAUCAUCAUCCCGUGCUCAUACGAGGUGACGGACGGCAGCUCUGCCACCUCGUCCUCUUCGCCCGUCACCUUGCAGUGGCUCUACGAAGAAAAGGGCAUGGACGGACGGACCAGCCCUCAACGUAUUCUAUACAAACAUGGCAGCACCAUCUACCACGAUAACAACGCCCAAUACAAAGGGCGCGUGGACGUCUCCGCCGACCUCACGCUGACCGUUCGCCAGGCGCGCCUGGAGGACGCUCGCACGUUCACGUGCGAGGUCGUGAGCCCGCACGGCACCAACGAGGCCCACACCACGGUCAACGUCUUCGGUAAACCGACACUUCCGAAAAUAACAGCAAACAGCCUGCCCAUUCCUGCCAACACGCUUGAGCAGAUUGCCACCUGCACAUCGAGCAACGCGUUCCCGGAGCCUGUCAUCGUGUGGUACAAGGAUGGAGAGAAGAUGGAUAAAUCUGCAGCCGAGACUGAGUUGGCCGUGCAGCCAGACGGCCUUUUCUCCGUGACCUCAAAGUUACGCUCGAGGCCUUCCAGGGCCGACCGUGACUCGCUCUACCACUGCGAGGUCCUUCACUGGGCGCCGGGCGAAGGCCCCGGAAUGCCCCCGCAGCAAAAGCUUCUCAAGUCUGCCGCCGUCAACGUCACGGUGCACUAUCCCCCGCAGAGAGUGACGCUUAUCGUGGAGCCGGCCACUGUCAAGGAGGGGGACAGCGUCGUCAUGGAGUGCAGCACGGACGGGAACCCGCAGCCCUCUUCCUUCGAGUUCUACAGGGUCUUUGAGAAGGAGGAGAGGCGGGAGCGGCUGGCCACGGGCGUGCGGGGAGCGCGGCUCACCGUACCGGCGGUGCGGCGCUCCGACUCGGGCGUUUACGCCUGCACUCCGACCGUCACGACGCCCGGCCAACCGGGACCGGGCCUCACCGCCGAUCGCAAGGCCCUCUCCGUGCACUUCAUGGGCGAGGUGGCGCCCAGCUCGCGGGCACCCGUGGUGGUGCCGCGGGGGGGCACACUGGCCGUGUGGUGCACCGCCGAGGCGUCCACGACCCUCGUGUGUAGCUGGGUCAAGAACGACCAGGUGUUGCUCAAGGGCUUCAAGCUGAGGAAGCAGAACGUGGGCUACACGGACAUGGGCGUGUACACGUGCGUGUGCACGCUGGAGGAGGUGCCGGACCUGAGCCGCAACAGCUCCGUGCAAGUGCUUGUGGAAGGUCCCCCAGCGCUGCAUGGACAGCCGAGCACGUGCGUUGAUGUGAACGAGAGCCUGGAGCUCGCCUGCACCAUGCAGGGCUUUCCCAGGCCCCACGUCAUGUGGAGCAUCACCGGGAGCCAGUCCGAGGAGUGGGAGGAGCAGAAUGCUCUGCUCAUAAGUCGGCUGGCGGUGUCUGGCUUGGAGUCAGCGCAGCAGGAGGUGACGUGCAACGCCAGCAACCGGCUGGGCACGGACGGGCGACGCUUCACUCUGAGCCGCAGCUGUCAGUACCCAAACCUCCCAAGCAACAAUUUGCCUCUCGCUGAGUGUAGCAGCUGGCUGCAGAACGCCCUCGUCCUGGCCCUGGCGGUGGGCGGUGCGCUGCUGCUGGCGCUCGUCGUGGUGGUCGUGGUCCUGGUGGUGAAGCUGAAGCGCAGGAGGGGCCGCGCGUCCCCCGACAAGACGCCCAGAACUUCAAACAAUGAAAAGCCUGAACAAGAGCCGCUCAAGAAGGGUUCACUUGUGGACACCACCAAAGUGUGAAGAGGCUGAGAACCACCCACAGGAUUACUCUCCUUCACAAGCUGCUUUGACGACAGACGCCUCCACCCACAAUCAGAAUCUUUAUUUAUCCCCGAAUAAUCCGAUGAGCUGUAAAGCUCUUUUUCACACAUGUCCCAUAGGGGCGGGCAGGCAGGAUGGGGUGGGUUCAGCGAGUUACAUCUGCAAGCAAUACAAUAGGCAAGAUUGGAGAAAAGGUUUUCAACUCGCUAAAAAUGAAUAUGUAAAUACACUUAAAUACACGUAAUUCCCAACGGGGAGGAGUGCGCGCAGAUGUUUACGGGAGCUUAUGAGAGGUAGAAUUAUGGGAUGAUUCUCCGAGUUGCCUUCUUGCAGAAUAAUAAUAAUUCCUCAUGACUUCCACUUGUGGUUUUUAUUGAAUAUCCAAAAAUGUUGUGGACUUGGAUAAUACACGUGAUGGAUUUAGUCCCAUUUAAUUUGUACAGUGUAAAAUAGUACCGUUAGGUUUGUAAAUAUUUUGUAAAUUAUUGUACAGGUUAACUUGGAAAUGAGAUUGUGUUUUUUGUAAUAUUUAAAUAAUUUGUCAUUUAUGAAAUAAAUAAGUAAUAUAUCACGUUUAUUGUUUUUUUCAGGUUUUUGUUAAAGUAACAUAUUAAAUGUAUGCCUUUUUGUAUAUACUGUGCUUUAAAUAGCUGUUUAAAACGUACUGGCUUAUAGUUUCCUCUUUUACAAGGAGAAAAGAUUAACAUUCCAUGCAGUGAUGCAUGUGUUAUUCUAAGAGAGAGAAUGGAAUAUCUAACGGUUGCCUGUCAUGCUGCGGUAAUUAUGCACUUCCGUAUCGACGACUUCCAUUGAUCAGCCACACGUCCAAUUAACAUUGCAAAAAACAACCACAAUACAUUUGUCAAGAACACCGCUUUAAAAAAAAAAAUAUAUAGUUUACGCUUUGGGCAAUGGGCCUUCCUCACGGCACACGGAGAGGCCAGUGAGGUCGGCUACGUACCGUGCGAAAGAAGUUCAACAUACAUAUACUUACGGUGUGUGCGUUAGCAAGCGCCUAUUCAGGCCAGCAUGGCACACGAAGUAGGUGGGGCUACGAGUAGAACCAGGUGGGUCCGUUUAUGCUCUCCCUGCUAUGAUGAUCUCCAGCACCGCACUGCCGACAAGCGGUGAGGUGCUAAGGAAAUGUGCCUAAAAGCACCGCUUCUAGAUCAACGUGUGGGUUAUCGUCUUCCCUCACCGGUGAAUCCUCACGCACAAUUGGUAAUGUACGCAGAAAUUCACAGUUUUGACUCGUUAUUGCAAAGCAGUAUAUUUCACGAUGGCAACAUGUUACAAUUACACGAAAAGUUACAAACGGUUGAAUGAGUUAUGAAGUUUUACUAACCAUUUUAUAAAUGCUCUAUGUGCCCUCCACCUGCUGUA